AUGCAGGCUCUACUCCCUUUGCUGGUCUUUCUCUUGCUGCCUGAAGCUGGAGCGGAAGAGAUUAUCGGUGGCAUUGAGUCCACUCCACAUUCUCGCCCCUACAUGGCCCAUCUGGAAAUUGUUUCUGACCGUGGUCUUGGCUUCUGUGGUGGGUUUCUCAUAAGUGAACAAUUCGUGAUGACAGCUGCUCAUUGUAAAGGAAGGCAUAUUACUGUCACCCUUGGAGCUCAUGACAUGAAAAAGGAAGAACCCACAUGGCAGAAAAUAGAAGUCACAGAACAAUUCGCUCACCCAAAGUACAACCCUUUUACCCAUCUCAAUGACAUCAUGUUACUGAAGCUACAAACAAAAGCCAAGAUGACUCCUGCCGUGGGGACAAUUCCUCUGCCCACCAAGUCUACCUUUAUACCACCUGGAAGAAUGUGCCGGGCUGCUGGCUGGGGGCAAACAGGAGUGACCAAGCCUUUAUCAGAUACUCUGAGAGAGGUGAAGCUGAGACUCAUGGAUAGGGAGGCCUGCAACAACUAUCUAUUUUAUAAUCACAACUUAGAAAUUUGUGUAGGCAACCCCAAGAAGAUAAGAUCAGCAUACAAGGGUGAUUCUGGGGGUCCUCUUCUGUGUGCUGGAGUAGCCCAAGGUAUUGUGUCUCAUGGACGUUUUGAUGCAAAGCCUCCUGCUGUCUUCACUCGAAUCUCCCCAUAUGUUCCCUGGAUUAAUAAAAUCUUACAAAGCAAGUAGCUGCUGAAGACCAACCAGCCUAAAAGAGAGUCUCAGAGCCAGAGCU